AUGGCAGAUGGAGCAGAUCAGCUAGCCUUAUUGGCCAUCAAGGCUCGUAUAAUCAAUGAUCCUUCUCAUGUUGUGAGCUCUUGGAAUGACUCUGUCCCCUAUUGUGAGUGGCCAGGUGUUAUAUGUGGCGGUCACCAACAUCCAAACAGGGUCAGAGCCUUGCAUUUAAUGUCCAGUGGAUUGGUGGGAUCCUUGGCUCCAGAAAUAGGUAACCUCAGUUUCCUUCGAAAGAUUUCGCUCGGAAACAAUAGCUUCCAUGGUGAAAUCCCUCGUGAAGUAAGCUUUCUCUUCAGGCUUCGCUAUUUAUUCAUAUUCAACAAUUCGUUUGAAGGGGAAAUUCCAUCCAACAUAUCACGUUGCUCCAACCUUAUAGAACUCCGUUUAGGUUACAACAAUAUUGUGGGGAAAAUUCCAGUAGAACUUGGCAGCUUGUCUAACCUUCAAAUCCUUUCAUUCCAUAUGAACAGAUUGACGGGUCAGAUCCCACCUUCCUUAGGGAAUCUUUCAGCCCUUUACGUCAUUUCUGCAGAAUACAAUCGAAUUAGUGGAAGUAUUCCAGUUUUCUUCGGGCAAAUGACAAGAUUAAUGUUUUUCGGGCUUGGUGCUAAUAAGUUGUCUGGUACUAUCCCUCCCAGUAUAUAUAAUCUUUCUUCACUCGCUGUUUUGGAAGUCGAAGCUAAUCAACUUCAAGGGAUUCUUCCACCAAAUUUAGGCUUCACCCUUCCUAAUCUAUUUGAACUUUCAGUUGCAUUAAACCAGUUUCAUGGACCAAUUCCAAUUUCUUUGUCCAAUUUGUCAAAACUUGAACAACUUAACAUAUGCGGAAACAGUUUUGUUGGGAAAGUGGCUAUUAAUUUUAGAGGCCUAUCAAAAAUCAGUAUGAUUGUAUUGGCCACAAAUCAUUUGGGAAGUGGAGAGGUCGAUGACCUGAAUUUUGUCAACACAUUGACCAAUUGUAGUCAUUUAACAGUUUUUGAACUUAAUGAUAAUCGGUUUGGUGGUAUGCUCCCCAACUCCAUAGCAAACUUAUCGACCCAACUGAUAGACCUCUCACUGGGAGAAAAUAAAAUAUCUGGAGAAAUCCCAGUGGGGAUGGAGAACCUUGCAAACUUACAAUCCUUGGACCUAUCUGAAAAUUUACUACAAGGAAGCAUUCCAACUUCAAUUGGGAGACUUCAAAUGCUAAAUGGACUCUAUUUAGAUGGGAAUAGAUUCACAGGGUCAAUCCCUCCUUCUCUUGGAAACUUGACACUAUUAAUUGAGCUCUAUUUAAGAGAUAAUCGCUUGCAAGGAAAAAUACCUUCAAGUCUUGGACAAUGCAAAUAUAUGUUACGCUUGGCCCUAUCUGGUAAUAGUUUUGAUAGUGUCAUCCCCAGAGAGAUAUUUGAUCUUUCCACGUUGAUAGAACUAAACUUGAGUAGAAAUUCCUUCUUUGGUUCUCUACCUUUGGAAGUGGGUCGACUGAAAAAUCUUGGAGUACUAGAUGUUUCUGAGAACAACUUGUUUGGAGAAAUUCCAAGAACCCUUGGUGCUUGUACAAGCCUAGAACACCUUUUUAUGGAGCGUAACUUAUUUCAAGGAUCUAUACCAUCGACUUUGAGUUCUCUAAGAGGCCUUCAAGAUUUAGAUCUUUCACACAACAACUUCUCUGGCUAUAUCCCAAAAUAUUUGGGUACAUUUAAGUUCUUACAAAACUUAAACUUGUCAUUUAAUCAUUUGGAGGGUGAGGUAUCAACAGAUGGAGUCUUUAGAAAUUUGAGUGCAGUUUCAGUCAUUGGAAACAAUAAGCUUUGUGGAGGUAUACCAGAACUUCAUUUACCAGCAUGCCAAACUCAAAAGUCAAAAGAAGAUGGCAGACAUCAUGCUUUCAAGCAAAUAGCCAUCAUAUGUGGUUGUGGGGGCUCUCUAUGUUUUAUUUUUAUAACAUUUGUUUUUAUUAUCUACCGGAUAAGAAGACAAAAGAAAGAAUCCACUUUAUUUUUCAUAGAGGGUCAUCAUUUUAAGAUUUCUUAUGCCCAACUUCUUAAAGCUACUGAUGGAUUUUCUUCUGCAAAUUUGAUUGGAGUGGGAAGUUUUGGUUCUGUUUACAAAGGAGUUCUCAAUGAUGGGAAAACUAUUGUUGCAGUAAAGGUACUCAACAUUAGACAAAAAGGUGCUUCCAAGAGUUUUAUGGUUGAAUGUGAAUCCCUUAGAAACAUCCGGCAUCGUAAUCUUGUAAAAAUCUUAACAUCUUGCUCGAGUAUAGAUUUUGAAGGCAAUGAUUUUAAGGCUUUAGUAUAUGACUUCAUGCCCGGUGGAAAUUUGGAGAGAUGGUUACAUCAACAUGAAAAUGACAUACAAGAUGAACAAAGGCAUUUAAGCCUUGUUCAAAGAUUGAAUGUUGCCAUUGAUAUGGCAACAGCACUGGAUUAUCUUCACCACCAUUGUCAUAUACGGAUUAUUCAUUGUGAUCUAAAGCCAAGCAAUAUUCUUCUAGAUGGCGAUUUGACUGCACAUUUGGGUGAUUUUGGGAUAUCAAGAAUUCUCUCAAAAGUCACAAGUAGAUGUCAAAAUCACACAAGCUCGGUUGGAAUAAAAGGAUCUAUAGGAUAUAUUGCACCAGGUGUUGAUGUUUCGAUGCAGGGUGAUAUCUAUAGUUAUGGGAUUCUCUUGUUAGAGAUGUUCACAGGGAAGCGGCCCACUCAUGAAUUGUUCAUAGAUGAUUUUAAUCUUCACUACUGGGCUGAGAUGGCUUUGCAUAAUGGAGUGAUGGAUGUCAUCGACCCAUCACUUCUCUCUAUGGAAGAAGAUGAAAAAGAGGCGGCAACAACUGUGACCAAAAUCACUAGAAGUCGAAGAUGCAUGAAGGAUAGAGUGCAAGAGUGCCUUAGUUCGGUUAUUAGAAUUGGAGUUGCCUGCUCAGUUGAAUCACCAUGUGAUCGGAUGGACAUAAAUGAUGUGGUCAAAGAGCUACAUCUAAUCAGGGACAUUUAUCUUGGAGGCGGCACUCAGCUGGGAAGAUGA